GAAUGGCGUACAAGAUUUUGUUUCUGGUCCUGAGUCUUUUUUCUACAAUUUGUGUCGUAAGAUCCCAGAACGACAUUAUAGACGUCCUACGAGACUUUCAAGAGUUUAAGACUCUGUUGCAGUUGAUACAGGAAGCCAACCUUACUGACACUCUACGAGGAAAAGGUCCCUUCACUGUCUUCGCUCCCGUGGACAAAGCUUUUGUUGAACUGCCAAAAGAGGCAUGGAAGUCAUUUCAAGACGUCAACAUUCUUAGACAGGUGAUGUCGCUGCAUGUGGUACCAGGGAACGUCAUGUCGUCUGAACUGAGGAACAACGUUCUACUGUCGUCUGCAGAAGGACAGAACAUUCGCAUCAAUGUGUAUCAAAACGCAACUGGUGGCAAGAAAUAUUCCUUAAACACAUCAUGA